CUUGCCAGCCGUGCUCACCAUGCUGAAGUUCGUGAUCCUGUUGUCUGCUGUUGCCUGCGCCCUGGGAGGCACCAUUCCCGAGGGACUCCUGCCCCAGCUGGAUGGCCGCAUUGUUGGAGGCUCCGCCACCACCAUCAGCAGCUUCCCCUGGCAGAUCUCCCUGCAGCGCAGUGGCAGCCACUCCUGCGGAGGAUCCAUCUACUCGGCCAACAUCGUGGUGACCGCCGCCCACUGUCUGCAGUCCGUUUCCGCCUCCGUCCUUCAGGUUCGUGCUGGAUCCACCUACUGGAGCUCCGGCGGCGUCGUGGCCAAGGUGGCCUCCUUCAGGAACCACGAGGGCUACAACGCCAACACCAUGGUUAACGACAUCGCCGUGAUCCGCCUGAGCAGCUCCCUGAGCUUCAGCUCCAACAUCAAGGCCAUCGGUCUGGCCACCUACAACCCGGCCAACGGAGCCAGCGCCGCCGUCUCCGGCUGGGGCACCCAGUCCUCCGGCUCGAGCUCCAUCCCCACCCAGCUGCAGUACGUGAACGUGAACAUCGUCAGCCAGAGCCGUUGCGCCUCCUCCACCUACGGAUACGGAAGCCAGAUCAGGAGCACCAUGAUCUGCGCUGCUGCCAGCGGCAAGGACGCCUGCCAGGGAGACUCCGGUGGCCCACUGGUCUCCGGUGGAGUCCUCGUCGGCGUUGUCUCCUGGGGAUAUGGAUGCGCCUACUCCAACUACCCGGGAGUCUACGCCGAUGUUGCUGUGCUCCGCUCCUGGGUGAUCAGCACUGCUAACAGCAUUUAAGCAGACAAUCCUUAUGGCGAAUGUGUCAAAAACCCUUCAAUAAAACUUUGCAAUACUAUACGUAA